AUAUCAAUUCAAAUUUCCCGCGAAGUUACCGAGUGCGGUGUGAUGACAUGAAGUAUGUUCCAAGUGCUUCAAUCGGUUGAAGUAUGUUCCAAUCGCUAUAAUAAGUUGAACAAUAUUCAAGAUUCACGGAGUAUUGUCAGUGGUAUCGUCAAAUAAUUGCUACUUUUUAAUCGGGUUACCGAGUACUUGAGCUCGUAGUGACAAUCAGUAAUUGCGAAAUAGACAAUUGGAAAUAGAUUCAUUCUAACCCACUGAAACGUAUCUUUGAAGGUUUCUCUCUGUCUUUGAUCUUCGCCAAUUGAAUAAUCUGAAGCUGCCGACUAUGAAAUACUGAUCUACAUAUGGCUAACUUCACACAACUCGGACAGCCUCCAUGUCUUCCAAUGGCUUCUUCAAACUGUAAUAACGACAACCUGUCAAAAUUACAAUUCUAUGCGUCAGAUAAUCUGUAUCAAGAUCGCCACGAAGUCGGAUGGGAAAUUGUGUGGAUAAAACAAAGAAAUACACGGCAGAGAAUGCGAGGCAGGAACCUCAGGUCGCCUACGCAAGUUACUCCAGCCUUGACAACGUAUUAAGCCGCCGGAGCUCAAGAUUUGCUCUAUUCAGUGGGAGUAGCGCAGGCAACUCGACGACAUCUGCACACGUCGAAUGGUCAAGACGCUCCCGUGCUUCUCGUAUUUCCCGGAUUUCACGAAUCUCUCGGCGAACUGGCAGUCAAGAUACACCUGAGGAUCCGUGUUCAUUAUCAAAGACGAGAUGGCCGGUACCGCAAUUUGAAGCAGCCUUUUUACCUGAGUUCAAAAUUAAAGAAACUGCGUACAAGACAAAUUAUGAUAUCAUCGAUCUCAUAUCUAAGGGUGCUUACGGCCAGGUGUACAAAGUCCGCAGGCGAAUUGACGGAGAAAUAUUUGCACUGAAGGUUCUCAAUAAGGCACAAAUAAUUGCUGAGGAUGCCAUUGAGCGUGUCAAAGACGAGGUGCGCAUACAGCAAGUUGUCGGGCAUCAUCCGUUUGUGGUGAAUGCCUCACGCUAUUGGCAGGACAAAAGGCGACUCUAUGUUGGUAGUGACUAUGUUUCUGGUGGUGAAUUGUUUACUUUGGUCGAAGGAUACGGAAACCUACCCGAAGAUGCAGUGAGAAUUCUUGUGGCUGAAGUUGCGUUAGCUAUAGAUUUCCUCCAUAACGCCGGUAUUAUUCAUCGGGAUGUAAAAGCUUCCAAUGUGCUUUUGGACGAGGAGGGUCAUGCCCAACUGAUAGAUUUUGGUUUUGCAAAGUGGUUGAAGCAUGGACAAAAAACGUCAACGCUUUGCGGAACUCCGCAAUACAUAGCUCCAGAGAUUCUACGUGGAGAGCCAUAUGGUCAUGCUAUCGACUGGUGGUCUCUUGGUGUCCUCAUGUACUUUCUGUUGACAUCAGAGAUGGUAUACGGCCGGAGACUACGUCUCGAAUACGUGCGGCAGGUCGUUCUUAACGGUACACGUAGACCUCGACGAUACGUCGAAACGAAUUUCAUAAUUCGUCGACUGGUUCUGGAGCCAACUGGACGGCUGGUUAGCGAGUCGAUGAUAGAAGAUGUAUCAUCGCUAGACGACGCACGCUGUAUAUACGGUAUAACGACAACGGGCAAUCGUGGUAUACCAGUUCAGGCAGAUAGGCAGGGGGCUGGCUCCUCGGUGAUGAAAAUGAAAAAGACGCUGGAAAGAUCAAGAGAGAGAAAAAGAGAUUCAUGAGGGGGUUAGGGAGGGGGAGGCAGCAGGGCCAGGUUCACUGGUUAUAGUCGCCGUCUUUGUCCGGGUUCCGAUUCUCCCCGUAUAUCCAUCUCCUAUCUUCUAUACAUAUUAAACAUUUAUUAUACACCGGGAGUAAGCAGCCCAAGAUGUCCCGGCUGCCAUUGAUGCUGCUCUGCUGUGAGACGUACGCGACGACUUCUGGUGAUGGUGAUGUUGAUGGUGAUGGUGCCUGGUGAUGGUGCAGCACGCGAUACGCGGGGUGAAGGGCGGCGAGUUCGGACCGGCUAGAAACUCACGAAGAAGACCGUCGUCGAGGAGAAAGAGAAGGAGGAGGAGGAGGAGGAGGAGGAGGACAAGCGAGUAUUGAGAAACUGUGAUGGUAUACACGGGCGUAGGUAUACAACAACUCGCUUCUGCCAAGUCUUGCCCUCGCCGUGAGUUUAGAGCUAGAGGUAUAGGUAUAUUAUAAUAAUACCCUUUGCUGCCUGCACCUAUGCAGGUUCCAGGUACUGGUUUACUCGUUUACGGUCUUUCUUUGCAGUCGGCCAAGCGAUGCACAACCACCUUGUACACCUCCGGGCCCCAGGAACGAGAAGUAGCGUAGCCGCUUGUCUUCGCCAGUCUUGACGGGGUGGUGGUGGGGGGUGGUUAGGGACGCUCGGGGGUGGAUCCGACGAUCGAGGAUUUGCCGGUGCUAUUUUGAGCGUCCGUCGUGCUGCCGUUGUCUCCUCCCUUCUCCUCCUCUUCCCCUCUUCUUCUUCUUCUUCGUCUUCAUCUUCUUCAUCUUCUUCUUCUUCUUCUUCUUCAAUAUUAUAUCCUUUAGCGUGAUCACCGGCGGCGAAGAGGCUUCUGCUGCACCAGAGCAGAGCAGAGCAAUGGAGAUCCUGCGGAACGGGUUGAGGCCCUGCAGGCCAGGUUUUGCAGUUCUGAGUGAGCGAGGGGGGUCGUUAAAAUAAUCGCACGGCUAGUAUAGGUAUAGGUAGAGGUAUAGACCGGCAGGUACUGCCUAUGCCAUUUUCGUCCUCGUCCUCGUCCUCGUCCUCGAACGACCUCCUCGGAUCCGUGAUGCACCUCGAGACGAUGAAACGAGAGAGUGAAGUACUACCUAUUCUAGAAUGUUGGGCUGUAACGCGAAUUCAGAUUAUACCGUGGUUGUCAUUGUUGUAUUGUUUUUUUUAUUAUCAUCAACCAAGCUUUAAGACUUUAAUACCUGUAUUAAUAUUUUACAAGAUACUCUUUUAGGGUAACUGCGUUAGCUUUUUUUAAGGGCAAAAAAAAAUCAAAUUUCAUCCUGUUUGUGAAUAUAGACGAGAAACUAAAAGUACCGUGUUUUGGGUCAGACGAACCAUUAAUUGAGACAAAUGUACUUGAGACUUGCGCAGUGUAUCUUAUACGAAUUGUAUGAUUAUGUUUGGAUAUUUGAAAUAAAACGGUGGCAUAGGGGGAGGGGGGGCAAACAGAUUAACAAACGUAUACAGAGAAUAAAACAUGCUCAUGCAACGAUUACAUCGUUGUUUAUUAUUAUACACAGUGAUUUUACAGUUGCGCACUGAUUACGACACGAUAUUUUUAUGCACAAGUUAAUUAUCUAUAUUUACAUACAUAUAAUCUCUACAUUAUUAUAACCUCGGAAGAUUAUUUAAUUCAUCAUUUUGCAACCUCGUUGCCGAGCUUGUAUAUUCUACGCAACGCGUGCUUGUCGGCGAAAGAUCGGAAUCGGUAGCGCGACGCGUCAUAAUAUAAUUCUUGUGCGUACAUUGUAUCCAUUAUCUUAUACCCAACCUACACGUGGGUUACGUACGUGUGUAAUUUUAUGUAGUUCUGUACCGGAAAAAGGCACGUGUGAAUAAAUAUUCUACACCUAUACGUCAGUAAAUUCGGCACGCGUAUUAUACCUAUCCCCGCUUAAACAUGUACCUAUACGUAUUGAGUGAGAUAAAAAUAAGGAGAGAAAGAAAUGGAGUUUGCCAAUCCGGGACCGAGGGGAAGUUUAUAAACUGUAAUUUCUAGGCGAAUCGCGACCUCUGUAA